AUGGUUGUUUUAUCUUCUGUGCUGGUAUAUUCAUCUGGGCCUACACUUCUACCAGGUAAAGCCCCGACCGUAAAUCUGUCGGAUCUCCCUUCAUUGAUCAGAAAAAAGCAGACAACUAGAUGCGUAGGCUUUAUGGUUAGUGUAACUGCAGCAUCUCUGGUUUUGUUCUUUGUUGCCGUUUUCUUUGCAUUAGUUAAAGUGAAAGAAAUAAAAGAGAGGGAUUUGAUUGAAGAAUGGGAGCUAGAGUUUUGGCCUCACAGAAUUCCCUACGAAGAGCUAAAAGCUGCCACACAAAACUUCAGUGAUGACCAGCUGGUGGGCCUCGGAGGUUUUGGACGGGUUUACAAGGGCAUUCUAUCCAGAAGCGGCGUUGAAGUUGCAGUGAAAUGCAUCACAAGGGACUCCACUGCCGGAAUGAAGGAAUUUAUUUCAGAAAUUUCCAGCGUGGGUCGUCUCCAGCACAGAAACCUUGUUCAAUUGCGGGGCUGGUGCAGGAAAAGCAAACAGUUGUUUAUUGUUUAUGACUACAUGCCAAACGGAAGCCUGGAAAAAUUGAUAUUCCUUAACCCAGAGGCAAAAACAGAAGUACUGUGUUGGGAACGAAGAUAUGCAAUUCUGAAGGGCAUCGCUACAGGGUUGUUAUAUCUUCACGAGCAAUGGGAACGGAGGGUGGUUCAUAGAGACGUGAAAUCCAGUAAUGUGUUGCUCGAUUCAGAGCUUAAUGCAAAACUUGGAGACUUUGGGCUUGCUCGUUUAUACGGCCAUAGUCAAAAUCCCCAGACAACUCCAGUCGUGGGGACUGUUGGUUAUAUCGCUCCCGAAGUCACAUACACAGGGAAAGUUACUCCAAGCUCCGAUGUAUUCAGUUUUGGCGUUGUUUUACUGGAAGUUGCAUGUAGCAGGAGGCCCAUAGAUAUAGCCAAGGAUAGUGAGCAGAUUGUUAUGUUGGAUUGGGUGAAGGAUCUAUAUCGAAAUGGAAAAAUCUUGCAUGCAGCUGACCCAAAUCUUCAUGGCUUGUAUGAUGUAGAAGAAAUGGAAAGAGUACUGAAGUUGGGAUUGUUUUGCUCUCAUCCUCAACCAGAGAAAAGACUUGGCAUUAGAACAGUACUGCAAAUACUGGAGGGCGAAACUCCAUUUCCCACUCAUCAAGCUCUUUCGAUUUCUUACGAUGUGAGUUACUUAGAUUAUGCCACUGGUGUUGUUCAUGCAACCACUUCAACAAGUCAUCCAACCACUUCAACAAGCCAUGGUUUUGGGACUGAUUCUGAUCCUGAUAAUUUCUCUGUUGUCUGGCUCCACUACUGAGCAGUCGGUGAAUCUCUGUACUUAUUCUCUUUUAAAGAUGUAGAUUAAUGUACUUAUUCUAUCUGCUAAAGAUUGAGGAGUCGUAGUUGAAUUUGUUAAGAUAAUUGGUGAAGAUGAUAUUUGAUAAAAAUUUCGUCCACCACUUAGCUUUAACAGAAAAUGGCUUUGUCAGAUAAGUUUUUAUUGCCUAAAGGUUGAAUAAGAAUUCUUUAAUCCUUACAAUUACACAA